AUGGUGGUCUCGGCCGUCACAGUGGACACCCAGAACAGUAUUCCCACACCGGGAUUUUGGUCAAUGUCUGGCCAGUGGGUCAUUAGGCCCCUGAGGACCACGGUACUGUCCCUCCCUGGGCAGCUGAAUGAGUCUGGGGCUGUCUCCUGGGACCCCAGCUCAAUUCACCCCAAGUUCAGGGCCUGGAUGUGCCCAGGGCAGGAGAGCUGGGAAUGGGCAGAGCUGAGGCAGAGGCUCCAAGGAUUUGUGUGGCCUCCCCGCCACAUGGCCACAUCGCUUGCUCCAGCUCCUUACACCCUCGCCCCAGCCCCCCGCCCCCAGCCCCCCACUCCACCCCCGUCCCGCCCCCGUCCCGCCCCCGUCCCGCCCCCCAGCUCCAGCUCCUUACGCCCUCGCCCCCAGCCCCCCAGCCCCAGCAUCCUCACCCGGCAGAAGGAACAGCAGGAUGGCGGGGCUCAGCCUGAGGCUGGGGGUGCAGAGCCAGGGGCAGAGAGCGAGGGCAGCCCAGGUCUGCAGGGAGGACAGGCCUACAGUCUGGGGAGCCUGCAGGGCCGUGCUUGGGGCGCGGGGGCAGUGGCGGGGGGGCCAGGAGAGCUGGCUCUGUCCCUUGGCUUUCAUUGCCUCCCCCAGAGGGUGUCUGGCUGGGGACACACUCACAGCCCUGAGUCUGGGGCCCUGGCCGCCCUCAUCUCUGUCGGGCGGCCACUCCUCAGCUUGGGGCUGGAGCAGACUGCCUUCCAUCCGUCCAUCCGCCCCCCUGUAUUGAGCCUCUACUCGGCAGCGGACUCUGUCGAAGAACUGGGCAACCUCGACUUCCAGCAGCUUCACCCACCCGCCCACUCACAGGCGGUCUCCCUGGCCAGCUGCCCCCUCCCUCUGCCCUGUCCCUCCCUCCGGCGUCUCACCUGGCCACAGGUGCGGACAACCCCAGUUAGUCCUCCAGCUGCCUGGUCCUGGGUCCCAGGCCGGGCGCACGGUGUGGGGGCUGCCCUGGGCCAGCACCUGUCCGCCUCCAAGGCUGCAGCAGCCCGUUCCCCAGCCCUCGGCCUCCCCGAGUCCACCUCCCGUCCUCUGCGGGGAGUAGAACCCCACAUGGCCUGGGCCCGGGGCCUCUCUGACCACGUGGUCCGCGCUCAGUCCUCUCCAGCCAUGCCGGGGCCUGCCGUGCCCCAGCCCCUGCUCAAGGCCUCUGCUCCUGCUGUCCCCCGUGCCUGGGACCACACGCCCCUCACUUCCUCCCCUUGUGUCAUGGCAGUUCCUCCUCCACCCGCUUUCCUUUCUCCGGGGCUCACCUUUGCCUGGGGUGGGGGCGUCUCGGCGGCCACACCCACGUGGAGCCACGGCUGCCCGGAGCUGACAGCGAGCGGCGCGUGCCUGGCACUGACCCCCGCGUCCCCCAUCCCCGCGUUUGACUUCCACGUCACAAAACCUCAUGUCACUGCCCAGGACGUCGGGGCCCAACUGCAGGUGGCAGCCCCUCCCACCCCCGGCUGUUCUGAGCCCGGCGUGGGAGGUGGCGUUGGGGGAUUGGGCAUCUUCAGGCCCUCAGAGCUCCUGGGGAAGAGCCCUUCUCGGCCCCUCUGCCCACCGCCACCCAGACCAGCGGAUACGGAGCCACCGGAGCGGUCCUGCCCAUCCGGCUGCCGGCCCUCCCGGAGGGACGCUGAGAGCUGGGGGCCCCAGACUGAGUGA